AAUGGUGCGGGCGUGUACGUGGGCUGUAUUACUGGGCGUGGUGGUGGUCAUGGGCGUGGUAUCUGCUGCGGGUGAGGGCCAGGACACCCCUCAGGACAGGGAGAGGCGGGCGCCCUCUGGCUUCCUAGGCAUGAGAGGCAAGAAGGACGCAUCCACAGCCCUCGAUGACAACACCGCCGCCAGCGAAUACUCAUCCCUGCCAGACCCAUACCCACUCUACGGCCUCAGGGACAACAAUCUCCCUAUGCUCUUCGCUGUCCCCUGGAAAACCAAGAAGGCUCCCUCUGGCUUCCUGGGAAUGCGCGGGAAGAAGAGCGAUGAAGAGGUGUUCAGUGACGCCACUGCCGACAACGACCUCGAGAUCUUGCUGAAGCGCGCCCCAUCUGGCUUCCUUGGCAUGCGCGGCAAGAAGGCUCCCUCAGGUUUCCUUGGAAUGAGAGGCAAGAAGGCUCCCUCUGGUUUCCUGGGUAUGAGGGGCAAGAAGUACUAUGAUGACGACAGCGACAUGGACGCUUACAUCCAGGCCUUGACGGCAGUGGUAGAUGGGCAGCAGCAGCAGAAGCGAGCUCCCUCUGGAUUUUUGGGUAUGCGUGGCAAGAAGGCUUAUUACAGUGAGAACCCCGACGAGGAGAUAAGCAUGACAGGAGUGGACAAGAGAACACCCUCAGGCUUCCUUGGUAUGAGGGGCUGAGGAGUGAGAUGCUCCCUACACUCUGCUCUACCGUGUCUCAAGAUCAUCCCUAGAGCCGUCAUCCCUGCAUAACUCAGAAGCACCAUUUCCAGUGACCUUCCCAGCCAAGUCAGACACCUUAGUGCAGGACUCUUUUGUCAUCACUAGUAGUUACCUCUGACCAGAUCUUGGUAGUUCCUCCACAGAUAAUAUUAUGUAGCUAAGCAAUACUGAUAUAAUAGAAAUAAAAGAGAAAAUGUUAAACCCCCAAAUAUUUAUAACAAAUAUUAGUCGUAUAUACACUCAGCAGGGGGGUGAUGACAGCAGCAAGUAGUGCAAGUUCUGUGCAGCUUCUACCAUUGACGUCCACAUUUGCCCAAAAGUAUUCUUAUAUCCUUGUUCUCUACUUUCUCUAACCUACAGCUUUCUCCAUCACUGUAGUCUAUCUGUACAGUUGAGUCCAACACACUGUCAAAUCUUGUGUAGUGCUCAUUUCAGCCUAAGUGAUAAGUAGUGUGAUAGCUGUACCCCUGUUAGAGGUGUUGGAGGCUGGGGGACGUAGUGCAGAGGUUCAGAUACCACAGCACCAUGUAAAACCCUUCUCAUUUACCCUUCUCUUAUUCCGUUUCCCUUGGCUGGUUUUCUCUCUCAAUAGAAUAUGAACCUUACUGUCUGUACAUCAUUAUAAUCUUGUAAAUUAUAGAGAAAUUAAUUUGUAAAUUAAUAUAUGGAUGAAGGUAAAAUUUGCCAUCAUAUAACAUAUCAUUUCUGGUGUAAUUGACCAGGUCCUUGCAUCAAGUGGUCAUGACACUCGUAAUAGUGUUACUGCUUAUGAUGCAACUUGUGACAUUAUUUGGUCACUGCUGAGUGAUUUUGACUCUCCCAGUUGCCUUGCUUGACAUUACAGUUUUGUUAAUUAAAUUUUGAUUGUUUAAAAGUGUCAGUGAUUAGCAAUAAUUACAGUGAAAUGCCAUUAAUGGCAUGGAAUUUUUUGACAGCCAUAUUUUAUUAAUUUGUAGUAGUUUGUAUCAUUUAGGCAAUGAAAGUAGGACCUUCUAAAAUAUAUAGAUCCCAUUUAUUUUCAAAAUAAGAUGGAGUUAGCACUGGUUCACAACCAUAGAGGCAACUGUGGAAGGUCAAGACGAGGUGUCUCCUCCACUAAAGUCGAAAGAUACCAAAAUAUUCUGUAAUUGCAUUACUCUAAUUGCAAUAAAAGACAAUCCUCGUA